AUUCAAUUUGAUUUGUGGAUUGUAAGAAUUAGUUUUUAUUUUGUGACUUUACUUUUGCUUUUGAGGCUAAAAUUUAUAAUCAGAAUAAAAAAACAAACAGGAUCUAAGCCAUGAUCUGAGUUUUCUGGACAUAUUUGGCCCUGUGGAGUUUCGGCCCCUUUUGAGGCUACAAAAUGGAAGAAACGCAGAGACACAUACGCAGAGACAUAGACGCUUGCGAAACAGGGUGCGCCAUACUAUGCUGGCCAUGCUUUUUCUUGGAAAAGUCUGGUGGACACAUCAGUAAUAAGCUAAUUAGACAUGAAGAUAUGUGCAAAAAUAACUCUGUAGUCCAUGUUUUUUUUGUGUCAAAUCUGCUUUUAAUUUGUAGGUGCUCCCAGAAGGUCAUGGAACUUGGAGGAUGGCAUCUGCUCUCCAGAUGCCUCUCCGGGCUUCUCUGCCUCUGCCUGUGUAGUCUUGUCUUGGCCUCCUCCUUUAUAUGCAAACCGUCCCCGUCCCGGUCUCCAAGCAGUGCGAUCAAUUGAUCAGAGUGAGGUAGUUUCACACAUGGCUUUAGCUCGCCUGUGCCUCAACAAAGCCCUCGCCGGCCGCCUGGCGGUGCCGGCGGCGGCAGCCAGUUCUUGCGCAGGCUUGAACCUUCAUUCCCUCUUCUCGUCGGCGGCAGCUGACAACACCGCCGGAGCUCCCCCGGGAGGUGACGCCAACCGCCGGGAGGUCGCCGUGACGGACCAGUCCGGCGCCGCACGCCGCGGCGGCCGCUGGGCGUGGCGGGACCUUCGCGAGUUCACCCCGUUCCGCCUCGUCGACGGGCUGGGGAGCGCGCUGUCGCAGGUGGCGGAGACGCUGAGCCGUCCGCUGGAGCGGCUGGCGCCGUCGCGGCUGCUGUCCGGGAAGGUGCGGGAGGACGAGGCGCGGUACCGUCUGCGGUUCGAGGUGCCGGGGCUGGGGAAGGACGACAUCCGCGUGGCCGUGGAGGACGGCGUGCUGGUCAUCGAGGGCGAGAAGAGGGAGCACGACGGGGAGGAGGACGGCGAGUGGUGGUCAGCGAGCGGGUACCACGCGAGCCUGGUGCUCCCGGAGGACGCGCGGGCCGAGGGGGUCACGGCGGAGGUGAAGGACGGCGUGCUGUACGUGACCGUGCCGCGCACCGGGAAGCGCAAGAGGAACGUCACCGAGGUGAAGGUUCAAUGAGGCUCGCGCGCGCGUGUGAUGUUGUGCAAGUGAUCGUCUGGCUCUGGAGGCGGGGAGCAUCUGCAGAAUGUCUCUGGAAAAUCAGCAACACGACACUGUAAAAGUGUGGCAAUUGUCCUAAUUUAUCCUUGCAAAACAUGAAAAAUCUAUACUAUAAUAAAGCGCGAGUUUUUCUAAAAA